CACCCGCCACCCCUCAGUGCUUUCUGCCAGACACUUUUUCCACAAUCACCAGCGCCCGAUCAACCUUCGUUUCCCACCAUGGUACGCCACAAGAAAGACUUCAAGAAACCCCGCAACCGCGCACCGCCGCCCCGCCGCACCUCCGGCUCUGACAACGAGAACGAAGAUGGUGACACGUCUGCUCCGCGCCCCUCGCGCGCCCCUAAACCCGCCUGCUGGGAUCUCGGCCACUGCGACGCAAAGCGCUGCUCGGGGAAGCGCCUCAUGCGCCUGGGCCUCCUCCGUGAGCUCCAUGUGGGUCAGAAGUUCGCGGGCGUCGUGAUUUCACCAAAAGCGAAGAAGAUCGUGUCGCGGGAGGAUGCGCCGCUGCUCGAGCAGUACGGCGCGGCCGUCGUUGAAGCCUCUUGGAACCGCAUCGAGGAAGUUCCCUUCUCACGCAUUGGAGGGCCCUGCUCUCGCCUCCUGCCCUACCUCGUCGCCGCGAACCAGACAAACUAUGGCAAGCCGUGGCGGCUGAACUGCGUCGAGGCGAUCGCGGCAUGCUACUACAUUUGUGGCCAUGCGGACUGGGCUGAGGACAUACUGUCUAGUUUUUCGUACGGGGAGGCGUUUCUCGAUAUUAAUGCGGCGCUGUUGAAGCGGUAUGCGGCGUGUGCCAAUGAGGACGAGAUCAAGGCGGCCGAAGAGAAGUGGCUAGCGAAGCUGGAGAAGGAGUAUAACGACGACCGGAAGGAGAAAGAGGACGGCGAGGCGGACGACAUCUGGGCAGGUGGGAAUGUGAACAGGCGGCAGAUUGACUUCUCUGACGAUGAAGAUGAAGAUGAGGAGGAUGAGGACGCCGAAGACAGACAGGUAACAGCGGCGCAGAAUCCGUAUAACCUUCCCGAGUCGGAUGAUGAUGAGGAGGAAAUGGCCGAGCUACGGCGGCGUGUGCUGGCGUCUAAGCCGUUCGCAAAUCCCUCGUCGAAAGACGACGUAGAAGACGAGAAGAAGCAGCCUGAGCGCAUAGCGAGGACGGAGCCGGGGCCUGAUUCAGCCUCGAAAGAAGCGGACGACGACGACGACAGCGGGUCUGCGCCCGAGGCUGGCGAUGACGACGAUGACUUCGACAGUUUCAUGGCAGCACAACCGACAACGGACCGGACAGGUAUUGCUGGGAAGCAGAGACAGAAGGCUCUGGACAAGGUGACCGCAACAUUUACGAGUGCGAAUCUGAAUGCGCCUAAUAGACGGAGGGGUUGAGGUCUAUGGAUGUAGUUGUACACGGCACAAUGGCUUCUGUGCAAUGAAAAUCGCUGCCAUUGUAGCCAACACGCCACG